CGCAAGCGCUGAAUGGCGACUAUGGAUGAUCGUCAACCCUCCCGGACGCAAAAUAGAGUAGAUGAAAACAAAGAAGGUCAUCAUUCUGCAGGUGCUGCUCGUCACGAUUUUUGUUGGCACCUACAUUGCAGGCUCUAGAACAACAACAAGUACAUUAACUGUGUUGCGCGUGCCGCGCUCGGUUGAAGUUGAAUCGCGACAAGACAGCGUGCCACAAAGCAAGCCAAGGAUUCUUAAUAAUGCUACUAAUGGCCAGGAAUCUAAAAAGUGGGCACCAUAUGUAUAUUCAAGCUGCGAUUCAACAUGGAUGCCCGCGCAUUUUGCGCCGUGUAUCAAGGAGAGAAUGAACCAGGGAUCCUCAUGCAGCCUUAAUCCGACGGCACCGUGCAUCGCGGAAGCUGAAGAGCUUAUUUUUCCAGAUUUUGAGAUCCGCGAACCCGGCUUCCACAAUGCCACAUACCGUAACUACUGGGUGUCAUCAGUCACGGACCCUCGUAGAGACUUUCAUGGCCGGAUGCACUGGGUUCACAAUGGCUGGGCGCGAUAUUCCGGGCAGUUUGGGCAGAAUUUCAUUUUGACAAACGCUGGUUACGAAGCGACUCCAUUGGCAGAUUCAUGGUCAGCAGGCGCAUGCAUGGCAUGGGACACGGAUUUUUCAGCGAUGCUUCGUCCAGUUGCCAAUGGAGCAGCCAAGAAGGUCCGCAAGGCGUUGUUCGCAGCAUCCCCCGACUCGUGGAGCUUUCAGCAUUUUCUAGAUCGUACCACCCACCUUGCCAUUCAAGCGGGCGAGCACAUAGAUACAGAUACCUACGUUGUGUCCGGGGCUAAGCAGCGACAAGAACCAGUAAAGGAGAUGUGGAACCUAGCAUUUGGUGUUAAAGCAGACCACCUAGUCUCCUCACCAAUAACUGCCGAAACGCUUAUCUUUCCAUGCCGGAGCGUUUUGAUACACCCUUACUUCCAGAUCCGAUUUGCAGAACUCAUGGGUGUAGCUCGCACCCGUCCAAUGUCCGAACGGAAGGUUGUACUUUACCUCUCCCGAAAUCAGGAUAAUACGCUUAACGGAGGUCGACGAAUUGUAAACGAGGAUGCCCUUCUGAGCGCCGUAACGAAGCUGGUGGAGGAGCGACAGCAGGGAGAGGAACUCGUCAUUUACGAUCACCGCAAAUUUUCGACGAUGCAGGAGGUGGUCUCGUUUUGGUCAUCUGUUCGAGCAGUUUUCGGGCCUCAUGGGAGCGCAUUCCAUAACCAUUGGUUUGCGCCCAAGAAUACGAUGCUCAUAGAAUUUGUUCCUCGAGAUCGAUUCCAAAUCUUGUGGUGGGAGCAGUCAGCAUUACUGGGGCAGACCUACUGGCCGUUUGCUUUGGCAUCAGAGAAUGCUCAGCAUGAUAUGAAAGUACCGGUGGACGCCGUCGUUUCUAUUUUACGAGAGAAUCUUGGGAAAAUUCCGGAGCCUGUGCUUAGAAAGUAUUACCCUUGGGACACUGGAUACUAGAUACCCCGCACUUUAUGCUCUACCAUGUUUCAUUUCCACUUUAUCGUUUGACAUUUUCACCGUCAGCAGCCUCUGAAGGAAUAAUUUAAGAUAUCGGAGAAUAUAUCUUUCGAGCCGACUAUAUAAGAAACGGGGGUAUUGUAAGCAAUAGAGUAGCCUUGAUGCUACAAUAUAGAUUUUUUUCAAUUUGAACAUAAUUCCUU